AUGUCCGGGGACGCCAUCGGGGCCGCAAGCCACGGCUUGGGGCACGGCUGGAUCCCUAGGGACGUCACCAGAGCCGCUGACGGUGCCAGGCGGACGUUUCACGUAGGUCACAUCGGCGUGGCCAACGUCGGGGACUCCGGCCUCAGGCAGAUUCGCAGGGAGCCAGGCGGCGGCGCCCGGGUGGUGGCUCGCACGCGCGAGCAGCAGCACUGCUUCAACUGCCCGUUCCAGCUGUCCAGCCUGCCCUCGGAGGCAGGGGGCGGGGCUGGCCGCCGCCGCGCCCGCCCGGAGGCCGUGCAGGCGGGCAUCCUGCUGCAGGACCCGCCCUCGGCAGCGGAGCUGUACAGCUUCUCCGCGGAGGAGGGUGACCUGAUAGUGCUCGCCACCGACGGGCUCUACGACAACCUGUGGGACAGCGAGCUGUGCGAGCUGGCCGCGCUCGCCGCCUCGCCGCUCGAGGCGCAGCAGGCCUACUGCGAGGCCCGCGCCGCGCUGCGCGGCCCAGCGCCGUCGACAGACCCUGGGAAGCUCGCGGCCGCGAUCGCCCACGCCGCGUUCUACCGCGCGCGGGAUCCGGCGGCGAGCACGCCCUUCCAGGAGCACGCUCGCGAGCACGGCCUUGUGCACGCUGGUGGCAAGAUGGACGACAUCACGGUCGUCUGUGCCUGGGUUGUGCGUUCGAGGCCGCCCUCCGGCACCGGGCCGGCGGCCGAGGGCGCGGCGGGGCCUUGA